AUGAAGGUGGAAAAUCAAACUGAAUGCUUGACAAUCGACCAUCUAGUCACUUUUAAUGUAGCAAGUAAGGGACACCAUGUAGCAUGUAUUGGUAUGGCUAGACAAUUCAAGAUUCCUCCCCAUGAUCGUUUCCCAUACCAAAUAACCAACCUAUCCUCUCACAUUGGGAUGACUAACAAGAUUGUGAAAGAGAAGCUUACUCUCACUCAGCUUGUCCUUUUCAAGAAGACUGUAUUUGGCCGAUUUGUGGACGUGGACAUUAUCUUCAAUAGUCCAUUGGUCCACUACAUUAUAUUGAGGGAGUCACCCAAUCCAGUAGUUGUGAGGAGGGCUGAAGGAACUAAAUCUCUAUAUAAUAGGUACUUGGGGAAGGAUUUCGCAGGGGACAUCCAUAUUGGUACCUUAGAGACAAUGUAUAAAGAGAUGGAAUUUGAUAAUGAUAGGGAUGCUGUAAAGAUGACAUUGAUCUACUACACUGAAUUGGCUAUGAUGGGAAGGGAAAAGAUGAAGACCAAUGUCGACAAGAUCUUAUUAAUUGACGUGGAGGAUUUAGAUUACUUCAACUCCAUGGAUUGGUGA